AGAGGGCGGAGAGGGGUCUCAGACGUCUCUUGCUCCUGCCCUACGCUUGUCUUUCUGGCAAGACCCAAGUUGAGGAGAGCGAGUCCUCUUGCGUUGUUGGCUCAGAGCGAUCAGAACCACGGACAGCGGUCAGAGCGCCCGGAAGACCCGCCGCCGAGCCAGGAAAGGGGGAAGCGAGAGACAAAGGACCUAGCGGUGUCUACCCAACCCCGCCAACUCCCCCCGCCGCGCGCUCCCGUUCCCGGCCAGGCCCAUUUCUAUACAAGGCCUGCUCUCCCCGGCCUCCACCCCUCCGCGCGGAGAGGUGCAUUCCCCCGCCCUGAGCUCAGCGGGCCGGGCCGGAAUGCGCCGAUAAAUCAGAGAUAACCCAGAGGGGCAGGGCCGGCCCGGCUCUCAGGACGGGGGAUAAAAGGCCGCGGUUGCCCGAGGACCCAGUAGGUGAGACGUGAACCGGGACCCAGCGCAGCGGCAGCGGCGGCAACCUCUCUCCGCCCCUCCAGCGACAUGGACCCGCAGACGACGCUGCCCCGGGCGCCCCUGCUCCUCCUGUGCUUGCACCUGUCGCUGCUAAGCUGUCAUUCCCACCCGCUAGGUGGCCCCGGCCCGGCCUCGGAACUGCGCGGGAUACAGGAGCUGCUGGGCCGUCUACGAGGCAGGGUGUUGGAGCUGCAGGCCGAGCAGAAGGGCCUGGAGCCCCUCCAGCAGGGCCACGGCCUCGCAGAAGCCUGGGAGACCCGGGCGGCCGCCCCCGCGGGGCUCCUCGGGCCCGGCAGCAGCGUCCUUCAGGCCCUGCGGGGAAUGCGGAGCCCCAGGAUGAUGCGCGACUCCGGCUGCUUUGGGCGGAGGCUGGACCGGAUCGGCUCCCUCAGCGGCCUGGGCUGCAAUGUGCUGAGGAGGUAUUAAGAGAAGUUCCUGGCUGCAUCUGAUUCUCCCUCAACCCCCUGCUCCCCUUUGAAGCAACUCCUAUUUAUUUUUACUUAUUUAUUUAUUUAUUUGGUUGUUUUAUAUAAGAUGGUUCUUAUCUUUGAGCACAAAUUUUCCAUGAUGAAAUAAAGUCAAUGUUAUAGCUUU